GCUCACAAGCGCACCGGCACGCUGACAGACCUGAACCAGCUCCUCUGAACUUGAUUCGAUCCUCUGACAGAAGAAGAGACGCUCAGAUAAAGACGUGCCUUCAGUCUUAGAGAGGGAGCUGUCACACACUGAUAUACAAACACACACAUUCCUAGAAACUGACACACACACAGAAGCAAACAGUCUCUCUCUCUCUCUCUCUCCUUUACUGCUCGCUCAGCUGCUCUCUCCCCCUCCCAUCCACACACACACUCUCUCUCACACACACACACCACUACAGUAUAUCAGCGAGUGACUAGCGGAGAGCCAGAGGGGAGUGCAGAAAUGAAUGUGAAGAUCCUGACGCUGGUGAUUGUGCUCUUGGUGUCUCUGCUGUGUCCUGCCGGUGCUGGUCCCAUGGCCUCCACGGAGCAUGGCAGAGGGCUGGAAGAGGCAGCUACAGUGAGAAAAAUGGCCCAGCAGAACCCAGUGAGAGGCGGUCAGACCCACAGACCAGCCAAGAGAAGACGCCCACGGCCCCGUCUUUCCCACAAGGGGCCAAUGCCGUUCUAGAGCAAGGCACUGCCUUGAGCGCCCUCCCCCAGGUUCUGAUUUCUAUGCUCUUCCUUCGCCUUGGGGGGCCUUGCAAUGAAGGGCCUGCGCUUGCCCAGCCUGAAGAGUGAUGUCCAUAGCACCUGCUGGUUCUCCAAGCAACUCUGUCCACCUAAAAAUCAGGACAAGCCGCUCACCCUCGGCUCCAGGAGGAAUAGGGGGGCGUUGAAAAGGGGGUGGGAGGUAUUGAGCCUGAGCUACCAGACUCUAUUUCUCUGUCUCUUUAUCUUACUCCCUCCUUACUGAUAUAUCUCUGUCUUUUUUUCAAUUUGCUUAAUAGAGGCCAAUCAUAGCAAUCUUUCCGAGUGUCUCACACUCUUUGCAUGACAUGUGGUGGAGAGGGAGCCCCGUCAAAAGAGUCUUAAAGCUUCUGUCACUCCUCCAGGACGUGGUUUUCGCAUGUCUCUGAUCCAAAGUCCCAUCAGUCGCUGAUUUCAUCGCUGUGUAGCUACUUAAACGAGCAGAUGAGCGGGUCUGAUCGUGCAGAGGAAGUAACCUAAUUUUUGUUGUGAUUCUCUGGAGCUGAAGGUUUAGCGUUGAAAGGAGUAAUAAUCAUCACUUAAUUACGAUUAUUAAUGGUGCUU